AUGUCUUUUUUCAGUGGAAUUCAAGAGCCAAUGGACGAAACGUUAGAGCAGAUUAAUCUGCAAUUACGACGAGCAACCGAACAUGAGAAAAGACCAGGUUACAGAAAGCAGCCGCGUUUCAAGAACAUCAUUCAUCUUUGGGAAUUUCUGCUUGAUCUUUUAGCGGACGACGACUGCCGUCCUUUGAUAAGCUGGAGCAACAAAGAACGUAAAGAAUUUCAGCUGAAGAACCCUGAAGAGAUAGCCAAACGGUGGGGUGCGGUAAAAAGAAGACCAGGAAUGAAUCACGAGAAGAUGACUCGGUCGUUGAGAUUUUACUAUGCUCAAGGGAUUAUCCAAAAGGUAUUGCAUUUAUGUCACUAGUAGAGCUUCAUAUGCUUGUUGUAGAUAUAACAGUUACUGCUUAUUGCCAAAUGUUCAUGAAGCGAGCAUUACAAUUACAUCAAUCAAUAUUUUAGCUGUUCCCCCUAAAAGACGUUAAAUUCUCCCCGAGAGUUUUAUUCGAGCUUAACAUGCAUUGCCUGCGAGUGGAUGAAGCAUAUGUUUAAGAGAAUCUGGAGAUUCAGCACCCGGCAGCAGCUAUUUUUGAUAAACUCCCUGUAGCUAUUAGAAACAUAACUGAGUACAAUUCCUUCUGAGACACCUUUCAUGUAAGGAAUCUCAAAAACAAAACACAACUGUAAAUAUUUAUAUACUCUAUAUAUUUUUUUAUUUAUAUAUAUAUUUUUAUGUGAAAGGUUUGUGAAAGGUUUGAACCCAGGAGUCAUUUCUAUUUUUAUAUUAUUAUUAUUAUUACUUUUUUUUUUAUUUAUAGUGUAGAUAUUGUAGAUGAAGAACCUCACUUUGUUGGAUACUCUGCAAUAAACCAUUAUUAUCAUCAUCAUCAUCAUUAUUAUUAUUAUUAUUAUUAUUAUUAUUAUUAUUUUGUCAUGAUUUUAUUGAUCAAAAAAUGUGAUAUUUUUCAAACCGGUUAUAAAGACGGCUCUUGGGGAAAAACGAAAGAAGAACUGACACGAGUUUGUAUUUAUAUACCCGGCACUAAAAGUAGGGAUUUCACCGUUUUUCAAACGCUGUAAGAGAAUUCACAUCGUUGCUUUUUUGGUUUUAGGUCAAGGGACAAAAAUUGGUUUACAAGUUUCACAAACUUCCUUACAAAUAUCAUCCGAGAAAGAAAACAUAUCAGCAAGAGAAGACCCGUGAAACAGUAAAAGAAACCCUAAAUGAGAAUGUAGAGUUAUUGACAUCUAAACAACCUAGGCAGAUCAACAACAUUUGCUCUGCCCUCAGCUUUAGUAGUAUGUCAGGAAGACGUUGGGAUUGGUCUUUCGAACCCACGUGGUCUUCUCAUUUUGUCUGUUGGCACCCUGUUAUCCCGAAUUGCCAAUCAUUAACCAGGACAACUCAGACUAGAAUCAUGUUCCCAUCUGGUGGUCACUCAAAAACGAACCUUCCUUCGUCACUGGAUUUUGAACCAAUACCAAUAAAAACUGUCUGUCCAGUUUAUUACAGAUGUGGUUUAGCAGCUCCUAAAUCAAUUCCUGUUUCUGUAAUAAAACAAACUGCGUGA